AGUUUUAACUUUGUGUAAUAAAAAAAAAAUGACAAAUAUUAACAUCGAUAAUACGAAUUCCGUUGAAACGAAAUAUAUUCCAAAAGAUGGAAAAAAUUUUAUUGAGUUAGUACCCGAAAAUGUAGUCCGAAGAUCAGAUACAUUGUAUUUAUAUUUUGUUGUCAUCAUAGGAGUUAUACCUUCAUUCACAAUAGGAGCUUGUACGGGGUGGUUAUCACCCGUCAUGGUCAAGUUGCAAUCAAAUGACACAAGUGUGAAUCCACUAGCCCGACCAAUAACGACAUUUGAAGUAUCUCUCUGUUUUGCCGUACCAGGAAUUCUAUCAAUUAUUGGAACAAGCAUAUUACCAAAAAUAGGCGACAUAUUUGGAAGAAAGAAAAGUAUGAUGUGUUUUUGUAUUGGUUUAUUUUUAUCUAUAAUAGGUCUAGCAUUUAGUAAAAAUAUCACUGUCAUGAUUCUUUUUCAUACGUUUAUUGGAAUUUUCCUUUGUGCAUAUUACAAUCUUGCCCCUAUAUAUUUAACAGAGAUUUGUGAAAAUCACAAUAGGGGUAAAUUUGGAUGUCUCUUUACAUUCUUUGUACCGAUUGGAGAACUAGCUUCCUUCAUAAUCGGUCCAAUGAUUAGUUAUACCAUUUUCACGCUUCUGACAGCGAUUCCGUUAAUACCAUUCUCAUUAUUUCUCUUAGCACCUGAAAGUCCAGUGUAUUUGUUAACAAAAGGAGAAAAUCAGCGUUGUAUGAAAUCAUUGAAACAACUGCGUAAUAAUAAAACAGAAGAAGAAUUAAUCUCCGAUUUCAAUGAAAUCUCGAAAACUUUAAUAUUAGAUGAUAAAAUGAAAGAAGCUAGUUUGGUUCGACUUUUUAGUACAAAAGAAUGUAGGCUAGGACUCAUUUUAGGCUCCUUACCAUCACUUGUACAAAUUUUUUGCGGUGUGCCCAUAAUAAUGUCAUUGCUGGCUCCAAUUUUCAAUCAAUCUGGUUCUAAUUUAUCCGGUGAAACAAUAGCAAUCAUUGUGGCAUUGAUUAAAACAGUAAGUUUUGGUUUCACUUCUUUUGUCGUUGAAAAAUAUGGUAGAAGAAAGUUACUAAUCGCAUCAUCUCUUGGAAUGGGAUCUGCUAUUUCAGUUCUGAGUAUAUUUUUCUAUUUAAACUCAAUAAAAUCACUUUUCAUCCUUCAGUUCAAGUGGGUACCACUUGUAGGAGUUUUAGUUUAUAUCGUUUCUUAUUCUAUAGGAGUCGGUACAUUACCUUUGGUGAUUAUUGGCGAAUUAUUUGUUUCUGAAUUGAGAACCAGUGCAUUUGCUUUUAUUAUGGCUGUAAGUGGCGUUCUAUAUACCAUUUACUCAGCUUCAUAUCCGUUGGCGGCUGAAAUGAUUGGAGUCCAUUGGUGUAUGGGUAUAUUUGGAUUUGCUAGCUUCACAGGAGGUUUAUUAAUAUACUUAUUUUUACCUGAAACAAAAGGAAGAAGUAUUUUGGAAAUACAAAAUUUAUUGAAACAUUAUAAUUAAUGAUUAUAUAUUAUUUCUAGACAAAUCAACUUUUGUUUAGGAUAAAAUUGUAAAUUGUUAUACUGUACUGAAAUGUUGUUAAUAAAUAUUAUCGUACAGAGCUCAGCAUAAGUAUGGCAACAAAUUUGCGUUAAGAAAAAAAUGCAGCAUCAAAAUUAAGUUAUUGAAAUGAAUUACAGAAAGGUCCCAUGACCGUGCGAGCCACUCAACGAUUCUUCGUCUUCCUAACCAUUUACCAAAAUGAACAGCAAGAUACACAUAACGCGUAGUGCGGCGAAGUUCCAUUCUGCAUGAAAUGACGGAUGUUCGCGAGUGUUGGCUCGUUGUCCAUUUGCCCACGUAAAUAUUGGAGCAUUUAUAGAUAACUUUGCGCCGUGACGUGACCUUCAAAAAAGUACGGACCCAUUAGACCAGUCCACACACACCAGGCAAGUUUACUUCUUCUUUAAUGAAGUCUUGAGGAUUCUGAUCAUUCUAGUAUACGCAGUUAUGCCGAUUGAUUGUACCGUUCAGCUUGAAGGUUGCUUCAUUUCACCAUAGAAUUGAAUCCUAAAACUGCGGAUCAUCCUGACUGCAUCCGAGGUAGCACUCGCAAAAUUUCAAUUUGCGAUCGAAAUCAUGGAGGAGACGCAGACGGUAAACUCGAUAAGGUAUGCGUUUCAGCAUUCGCGUUACAGAACGAUUGGAUAUUUGAAGUUCUUCCGAAAGUCGUACUACACAAUGGUUGGGCUGCUCAACUAGCACUAGUGCCAUUGUUUCCAUAUUUUCGUUAGUUGUUACAGAUACCGUCGUUCAGAACGAGACGCGUUGACAGCCGAGCUAGUUUUGACGAAUUUCUGGUUCAUUUUCUACACUGUCGAACAAAUUGUUUCGUAAUCCGCGUUCGUAUGCAGAUAUGACGAAAAAAAAAAAAAACUAUUUCUUGGAGCGUGAAUUUGUAUUGGUAAUUCAAUUUUUAAAACGCGGUUUACUCGACGAGAUCGUGUUAUGACACAGACUCAACUGUCUGAAACACGGACGUGGCUUCGCUUUAAUCUUUUUUGACAGCGUUGCCAAACUUAUCAGCAUUGCGGGACUCACACCGAUUUUUUGAGAGCGCGCCUGACUUACGCCGACCUCUGUAUAUGGUGAAUUUCAUUUUAGAAUGAAAAUUUUCAAUAUAAGAGACGUUUGUUCAAUUUUACGAACUUUUUGAUAACUUCAUAUACAAUUAUAUUGUAGAAUUGUGAAAAAUAAAUCUAUAAAAAUCUG